AAUCACUUACACCAAUUAAAGUGUAGGAGGGCGUGGUCUGUGAAGGCGGAAGUGUUUGGGCACGGACCGACGAAUAAACAGAAAACAGAAAAGAAAUGUAACCAAACUACCGCAGAAGUAUUUACCUUAGAUUAGACUGAACUUUUAAAACUUGUACCAGCUGGAAAAUAAUAGCAUUUUUUUUUUUUUACAAUUCUGUUAGAAACGUCGAUAUGUAAGAACACUGCACGAAAUGUCCUAUUGACUAACUAUUGCUUUUAUAUCGCCACCUAUUGCUGUGGAGUAUGAACGAGGCAGUUUCUGUUUCCUGAUGUAAAUAGCGCCGUCAUCUUCUGUGUUGUAGUCGUCCUAGUCUUUUCUUUUAUGUCACUGAGGUAGCGUUACUGUCUUUUCGUUUAGCUAGCGUUUCCCUAAACUUUUAAAUUAGUGGUUAACCUUAGCAGGUAAGCAAAAUCCGGCGGAACACAUCCCUGUAGCGUUAAUUAAGUUUUAGGUAGGAGGUAAAUUAAAAACUGCGCGGAGUGAUGGAGGAUCAGACCUACAAUGUGAAGCUCUAUAUUUAUGACCUGUCAAAGGGACUUGCUCGCCAGCUGAGUCCUAUUCUGUUAGGAAAACAACUCGAAGGAGUUUGGCACACAGCAAUAGUAAUCCACGGAGCAGAGUAUUUCUUUGGGGGACAGGGUAUAACACACUGCCCACCGGCUGCUACACUUUUGGGACAGCCCGAUGCCAUAGUGGAUUUGGGAAACACAGAAGUUCCUAAGGACAUAUUUACAGAAUAUGUUUCAUCCCUGCAAGAGUCUACAUAUAGACCAGAGACGUACCACCUUUUUGAACACAACUGUAACACUUUCAGUAGUGAGAUGGCCCAGUUUUUAACAGGACGAAAAAUCCCAUCGUAUAUUACUGACCUGCCAUCCGAUGUGCUUUCCACGCCUUUUGGACAAACACUGCGUCCUCUGAUUGAGUCUGUCAGCAUUGCCCCACCUACAGACAACUCUUUCAAUGGACACUAUGGACAAAGGUAGACUGUGUUGUAAAGACCAUUGCCAUGUUAAAUGGUUCCGGCAAAAAUUAGGUCCAAUAAAAAAAUGAAGGUUUCACAAAGAUCAAUAUCAGCCAUUAUAUAGAGAUUGUGUGUGUAUGUAUGUUUGUGUAUGUGUGUUUUCUGGCACUACAGGCAAAUGUAGCUCACAAAUGAGGGAAGCUUAUAGCUGCCAGCCUAACUGAUGUCUCCAUCAUCACACAUUUGUUUCAAAAUGCAUUAAAAAAAGAAUAGUUUCAUAAACCAACAUC